ACAGCCAGAAGAAGUAGGUGAAAAAGCAGAGCCUGCCUCUGUCUCUCACAUUAGCUUAUUACUGCGACAACCGCUAUCACUAUUUCUCACUACCUAAUCCGUAUUCAAAUAUAUGAACCUCUUCAUCUCCUCCCUUCAAACCAUUUUUUCAUUAAUUUAUUUUUUUAUAUAUUUAUUUUCUCAUUGAUUGCGGUAGUUUAAGUUGCCUUCUUGUUGUUGUUGUAGUUGCUGCUUCUUUACUGUUUCUUAUCGAAUUGAAACCCUAAGGCUUCUUGCCGAAGUCGCUAUUUAUAUUUCUUUGUUUUACUCGCUCUGUUCGCAGUUCAGAUCUUGUUCUGCUGAUGUUGUUUGCUUUGCUCGCCGAUCUGCUGGUUUUGAAGUUGUUUUGAAUGAGUUGAAUCAACGGUUAUUGUGUCGGAUUUGGUCUGCUUUUGUUGAGGUUGUUUGUUGUUGAGGGGAAUGUGAGGUUUCGAUGUUUGUGUUUUGGAAAUGUCGGCAUCUUUAGCGCCUUUCGAGCGGCCGCGGACCGGAGGGUCCAAUACGGUUUUCAAGAGUGGUCCACUUUUCAUAUCUUCAAAAGGAAUAGGCUGGAAGUCAUGGAAGAAGCGGUGGUUUAUCCUGACACGCACUUCCUUGGUUUUCUUUAAAAAUGAUCCGAGUGCACUACCACAAAGAGGUGGUGAAGUAAAUCUGACUUUGGGGGGAAUUGACUUGAACAACUCAGGGAGUGUUGUUGUUAGAGAAGAUAAGAAACUGUUGACUGUAUUGUUCCCUGAUGGACGUGAUGGUCGAGCUUUUACCCUUAAGGCCGAGACAGCUGAGGAUUUGUACGAGUGGAAGACAGCUCUAGAACAUGCCCUUGCACAAGCGCCAAGUGCUGCUCUUGCUAUGGGACACAAUGGGAUUUUCCGGAAUGAUACAAAUGAUACAACUGAGGGGUCUUUUUAUCAAUGGAGGGAUAAGCGUCCGGUUAAAUCUUUGGUUGUUGGAAGGCCAAUUUUGCUUGCCCUUGAAGAUAUUGAUGGAAGUCCGUCAUUUCUUGAGAAAGCUCUUCGAUUUCUAGAGAAGUUUGGAGCUAAAGUUGAAGGAAUUUUACGACAGGCAGCAGAUGUUGAGGAGGUGGACCAUAGAGUUCAAGAGUAUGAACAGGGAAAGACUGAAUUUGGUCCUGAUGAGGAUGCUCAUGUUGUUGGUGACUGUGUUAAGCAUGUCCUCAGGGAGCUUCCUUCCUCUCCGGUUCCAGCAUCCUGCUGCACUGCAUUGCUGGAGGCUUACAAAAUUGAUCGGAAGGAAGCUCGGAUAAGUGCAAUGCAUUCUGCAAUUUUGGAGACAUUUCCAGAACCAAAUAGGCGUUUAUUACAGAGAAUUUUGAAGAUGAUGCAUACAAUUGCUUCACAUGCUCAUGAAAAUCGAAUGACUGCAUCUGCUGUUGCUGCCUGCAUGGCACCCUUACUCUUGCGGCCUCUAUUAGCUGGUGAAUGUGAAUUAGAAGAUGACUUUGAUUUUAAUGGUGACAACUCUGCUCAGCUUCUUGCUGCUGCAAAUGCUGCUAAUAAUGCUCAAGUCAUCAUUGCCACUCUUUUGGAGGAGUAUGAGAAUAUUUUUGAUGAUGAAAGUUUGCAGAGAUGCUCAAUCUCAGCUGAUUCACGGACUGACAACAGUGCCAGUGAAGAUUCAGCUGAUGAAGAAAAUGUUGAUAUAAAAGAUAAUGGUUACCAUGAUGCAGAAAAUGAAGUUGAUCCAGAAACUGAUGAUGAACGUGAACGUGAACGUGCACUUAGUGGAAAGUUAAGUGAAAGUAGUGGUUAUGCUGGCAGUGAUCUUUAUGACUACAAGGCAUUUGGUGGUGAUGAGUCUGGUGGAGCAACCCCAAGAUACAAUAAUGCUCCAGCCGAUAACUCUAAUCUGCCUGUUGAUUCUCCACAGAUCAGGAAUCCUACUGUUCAGAUGAUUGAACAAGGUACACCAAAGAAAGGAACUGAAAAUUCAAUAACAGAGAUUGAGGUUUCAAAUUUUUUACCUGCUGGUGAAUCUUACUGUUCAAUGGGUGAGAUUCUGUCUUCAAUGGAUCCUGGGCAUGCGCUUUCUGUAUCUGGACUUGAAUCAUCUGCUGAGAAGCCAGUUGGUAAAGUUACGAGCUCCAAUCUGAGUGUAAAGCGAUCUGCAUUUUGGGGAAGAAGCAAUGCCAGAAAAACGCCUUCAAUGGAAUCCAUUGAUUCUUCUGGAGAAGAAGAGCUUACUAUUCAGAGGCUUGAGAUCACAAAGAAUGACUUGCGACACCGGAUUGCUAAGGAGGCUAGAGGAAAUGCCAUUUUACAAGCUAGCUUGGAGAGAAGGAAGCAGGCUUUGCAUGAGCGUCGCUUGGCACUGGAGCAAGAUGUGUCGAGAUUACAAGAGCAGCUACAAGCUGAAAGAGAUCUUAGAGCUGCAUUGGAAGUUGGUUUGAGCAUGUCUGCAGGACAGAUUUCCAGUUCACGCAGCAUGGAUUCUAAAACGAGGGCUGAGCUAGAGGAGAUUGCGCUUGCUGAGGCGGAUGUGGCAAGGUUGAAGCAGAAAGUUGCAGAACUCCAUCAUCAACUUAAUCAGCAACGGCAACAUCACUAUGGAUCUCUUUCUGAUGCAUGCGACCGAUACCAAAAUGUCCAAACUCAUAAUUCUCAACAGAGGUUUCUUCCGCAAGAUUUUGAUACUACCCUUGCAUUUGUUAAUCAUGAAAGGAAACAAAGAACAGAGAAUUUGUUAGGGACGGAUUGGAAAAAUGUUAAAGGACAAGUACCAAUAGUUGGAAGCAGCAGCAGACUGCCUUCACGGAAGCAAUUUAUAGAGUCAACUAGCUUGAGCGACUCUAAAAGUACUGAAGCUUCCACGACUGUGUCUUUGGAUGAUCUUGCUAUUGAGUCCGCGUUAGUUCCAACCACUUCAAGAGCACUUGAGACAAUUGAUUUUUCAAGACAUUCAUCAACGGCAUCUUCUGCUCUAGUGGAAUUAACAACACGUCUGGAUUUUUUCAAGGAAAGGCGAUCGCAGCUAAUGGAGCAGCUCCACAAUCUUGAUUUAAAUUACGGCACGACAUCUUCCCAAGAUUUCAUGUAUCGACCAUCUUCACCACCAUGGAACUAACCGAAGAUGGCAACUCAAGAGGAAGAAUGUUUGUCGCAUUGUUGUAAAUCCUUAAUAAUGCAUAUAGUUUUAUUCUCAUGUAGAUGUGCUUACUCCGAUUAUUCUUGGUUUUGUUUAGAGUUUUUAAUUAAUCUUUGGUAGUGAAAAUGAAAUUUAGUUACUAAUGUUAUUAAGUGUUUUCGAGGGCCUUGGUAUGUAAUUUUUUGAGCUACUGUAAACAAGAUAAAAUGUUAUAUUGUGUUUUUUUCUUUUUUUUUAAUUAGUAAAUUGGGAGAAUUAGAAUUAUAUGUAACAUUUUUGUCCUUUUCCUUUUAA